AUGGUAAAAGUUAUUACGCUCUCAAACAACAACCUAGACAAGUUGCUGGAUGAGUCCGACGCGAACCUAUCAAAAAUUAUUGAACAAUCAAAUGAUAACCUACGUAAAUCACUCGCUCAUUCUGAAAAAAUAAUGAGCCAGCUCUUCGAAACAACUUUUUUAAGAAUUGAGUCAUUAAGUAACAGUUUCGAGCGUGCGGUUAAGAGCAUGUCCAAUGCUUUAACUGACUCCAUGACUCAGCUUCAUGCUACUUUGUCCACAUUGGGCAAUAGCGUUUCCGCACGCCAACAACAAGUAACAAAGCUUAAUGAAACUCCAAUGUUUGAAACCAUGACUAGGGCUCUUUGGAAUGUGGAACAAGAGCGAAAAGAUGAUGAGCAACGGUCAAACAAUAUUAUCAUUUCCGAGCUUGAACUUGAACAGGGAGGUAAUGACAAAGAUAUGGUUUCUUCAAUUUGUGAAAACCACCUUCCUAUCAAACCUCAGAUUGUAAGAACUCGUCUUAUUGGAAAGUCAAAAUUGUGUGUGACUUUAAGCAACUUAUCAGCAACCGAAGACCUGAUUGCAUCAUCAAAGAUUCUCCGCUCAUCACCAGCGACAAAAAAUAUCUACUGUAAUCCAGAUCUCUCCAAGAGGCAGGCAGAGAAAGCAUUUCUAAAAAGACAGAAGAGACGUCCCAAUAAAGCAAACAACAAGCAACCUGCUGAUGAUCAUGGUGGUUUUGACGUUUCAGCUAAGCAGUAUGCAUUUGACAGUGUGGGAUGUAUAAAAGAACUCUGCAAAGGUGGUGUUGUCUGCUUAAUGGGAGAUAUCAACCUUCCUCACAUCAACUGGGCUUCCUCUCGUGCACGGUUAAUCACCAGAUGUUUUAUCUCCAAGGACAAGGGCCUACUUAUUAAAGCUUUCUACACUUACGUACGUCCUUUGGUUGAAUAUGCCUCAUCUGUGUGGAAUCCACAUUACAAAUACCAAAUAACAAAACUGAAAGUGUACAGAGAAGAUUUACGAAAUCUAUUCCGUCUCUAUAUCAUCUCUCAUACCUGUCUCGAUUGCAUGCGGUUGGAAUGGAUAUUCUGGAGCGUCGUAGGCUGA